CUUCUCUUCUCCGCACAACAGCAACUGUGCCCGUGACGUGCAUGCUGCGAGGUCUCGGCGCGCAUAGCCCACAAGGCUCUCUCUCUAUCAUCAAGGUGUCUGAUAAAGCUCUAGCUUCUUAGUGGAGGCUUGGAAUGCUUCUGUUUCCUUUCACAAUUGGCGUGGGCUUCGUUGCUACAUUGAGCUGUACGUUCCUAGACACCUGAUCUGAGACUGUGACUUGUGACUUGGGUACCUACUCAGCCUCGGCAAGUCUACUUUCCAUCAUUCAUUUUCGUUGCUCGCAGCCUUCUCUUCGUCUGGCAGGACAUUUCAAAUCUUCUGUCUGAGUGAAGGAUCGAUUGGGAGCCUCGAAAGACAAAGCGCCUCACCAAUCACUCGAGCCACGAUUCCUACCACCUAACUACUUGCCUCGUCCUCCCAUCUUCAUCUUUAUCUUCAUCCCCUCCCUCUCCUCAAGACCAUGGGUUGCGGCCCCUCACGCCCACCCCCAGAAAACGGCUUCCAACUCGACGACAAACGCGCCGUCUUCCGCCCACCCCCCUCCCCAUCAACCCCCGCCCCCGAAAUGAAGAAAUUCUUCGCCUCCGCAACGGCCUCGCGGUCGUCUCGACGUCCUGAGCAAGCACCGGCGCAAUACACGUCGCAAAAUCGCGCGAAAGAAGUAGCGAGGUGUGCGGCGCUGUUGAGGGAGAUGUAUACGUUGGAUUUGGAGAUCUGGGCUAUGGGCAAUGCGCAUGUGGAGGAUGUGCCGGAGAGGGAGUUGAAGAAGAGGAAGGCGAAUGCGUUGUUUGGGGAGGUGAGGAGGUGUGUGGAGGGGUGGAAGGGGAGUAAGGGGGCGGGGUGGGAGGGGGAGGAGUGGAGGUGUGUGGAGGAUAUUUGUGAGGUUGUUGAGCAGCAUGGGUUUAAGAGGUAUUGA